AUGCGCGAGGUCAUUGACCUCCUCUCCUCAGAUCCACCCCUUCCUGAGACAUCCAGACUGCAGCAUGCGCUUGCUCCGGCGCGACGGGCUGGGGUCAGGCUCGGAGCCAACUCGAGGUUGAUUUCGUCCGACUUCGUCGAUGUCUCUACCUUUACCGACGACUUCCAGGACAAGCCCGCUAAGAAACGCCGAGUCAGCGCCGAAAAGCGCCCACCUGUCCGACAAAGCACUGUGGCCCAGGGAUCGUCACGGCCAGGCCCAUCUCUCUUCUCCUUCUCGGACGAUGACUUUAGCCUACCACCCUCGAACCCCAGGGCGCAGAAGAAGUACCUGGGACGCGACGUCGAUGAAUCUGAUCCCAUUGUUUUCACAUCAUCUGCACCAGAGCCGUCCAAAAAGCAACACUCCACCUGGUCGAAGCCGAAUCACUCCCAAGCCGAGGUAAUCACGCUCGACGAUGACGAUGAUGACCUAUGGAAGCCCAUGGGAAAUGGAAGCUCAAGCCGUGGAAAGCAGGACGAAAUACAGGAAUUCAGCGACCCAUUUGGAUGUGCCGAAUUCGAGGAUUCGUUCGGCCUUUCUGGGCCGGGUGUUUCCGCCUCUACGUCGGGGUUCUCCAGCAAGACCGCUGCUUUAAUAUCUGCCCUCAGUACAGCACCAAAGGGAAAUGGUAACCGAUCCAACAUCAAGUCUGGAUCUUGCUCUCAAAAGAGUAAAGGUGCCACAAUGGAUGCAACGCUGAUUGGAGACUUCUCGGAUGAAGUGGACGGGCCUGCUCCACGACAACCGGCGAAGAAAUCAGGCAAGCUCACUACGGAAGAGAAAGAGGCCAGGGCAAAGGCCCGAGCUGAUGCUAAAGCACAACGGGACCUUGAACGCCAACUCGAGCGCCAGAUUGAGAAGGAACGGAAACAAAAACUGAAGGAGGAAAAGGCCAAGGAGAAGCAGCUGGCAUCGGACAUUGCUGAAGUCAAUAAACUCAAGGUGGAUAAGAAAGAUUCUACCGGAGAGAUGAUACUGGACAUAUCGAGCUCCUUCGAAGGCAGUAGCGUUGGCAACCAAGCUGUUGAGUUCAUGAAGCGUCUCAAAGUCGAGUAUCAUUUCUUUACUGGCCCAGUUCCGAACGUGGUCAAGUGGCGGCGAAAGAUGAAGGCCAGAUACAACGCAGAUGCUGGCCAUUGGGAACCGGCUGCAUUUCAUAUUUUGGAAGAAAAGCAUGUGCUCUGCUUGUUACCUGCGCAAGAUUUUGUUGAUAUGGUCAUUGACUACCCACCUGGGGAGGAAAAAGAGUCAUUGGAUAUGCAUGUCUUGAAGAUCAAAAGCGCUUACCCGAGCUGCAAAAUUAUAUACCUCAUCGAAGGACUCAUACCCUGGAUGCGCAACAACAACAAAAGUCGCAACCGGGCUUACGUAGCCGAGGUGCGGGCUCAAUUCGAACCAGAACCACCUACGUCCCAGGCAUCUGCAGCACCGCGUCGAGGUAGGAAACCGAAGCGCAAACCAGAGACCACUCCACCAGUCGAUGACGAUACGAUUGAAGACGCCCUUCUUGCGUUGCAAGUGACCCACUCGUGUCUCAUUCAUCACACUGCUGCGCCCCCCGAGUCAGCGGAAUGGAUCAAGAACUUUACGGAGCACGUCUCUACGACUCUGUAUCGACAGGAACGGAUGGAGGCUCACGAUGCAGCUUUCUGUAUGGAAAGUGGCCAGGUCAAACCUGGCGACGAUAAGCUGGAUACUUUUGUCAAGAUGUUACAAGAAGUGAAUCGAGUGACCACCUCAAUGGCCUAUGGUAUCUCUUCACAAUACUCUUGUGUCACCGACUUGGUUCGCGGUAUGCAAAUGCAUGGACCUACAAUGCUGGAGGAUGUCAAGAAAUCUGCAAAUAGGAAUGGCGCUUUGGCUGAGGCCCGCGUCGGCCCGGCUGCCAGCAAGCGAUUGUACAAAGUUUUCACCGGGCUGGACCCAACUUCUACGGACGUCUAG